GCGCGCAGAUGCCCAUUAAGAGCCAAAAAGCUUGCAUAACUAGGCACAGUAGAUACAUAGCUUCCGCAGCUUCAUCUUCCAUGGUGGCACUAAGACCAUCAUCGAGGCUUAGCGAGAAGAGAACUGUCCAGUGAAACUCAGAGGAUGAGAAGACCGCAGUUACCGCCCAUCAGACUUAAUAUAAUAGUCUUUGUGGUGCAGCAGAAUGCAAUGCCACUAUUCGGGGAGAUUAAUGCGGGAGUGACAUUCAUUCACCACACCACGGCACUGGACCCUUCCGAUGGAUAUGCAGUCGAUUCAAUUCCAGUCUUUCUCCCUCAUUCCGACCCAUUCUGUCUGAAUCCCACCCAGACUCCGAUGAGCGUCAUGAUUGGCGUCGAACCGCCCUUUCCAAGCUGUCCGUCCGUCGAGGGCCCAUCGAUGCUUUCCCUUCCCCAGGGCAAGGGAUCCACCUCAAGCCAUAACCGACGGGGAAAGAGGAGAGAGGCAUGGCUAGUGAGUCUAGGUGCUUUGUCUCACCCCCAACGUUUUUUCCUGGCUUUUGUAGUUCUCAAUUAAUCAUAAAUAGCUGGACUGACCUCUUUUCUUCCUGCG